GAACACACUCACAUUCACCCAGAACUUUCUCGCUUUUCUGACAGAAGCUGAAGCUGCAACCGGCUACCGCGUAAAUUUUCGACCAGACAAACAAAUUGUUAUCCACCUCGUACCCAAGCAACGUUACUCGUCCGUAAGGAAAACUUAACAAGGGCGUGUUUCCGUACAGCAACAACAUGGAGUGCCCGAUCAAUCCGGCCGAGCUGCAGAAGCUCAAGGUGUUCAUUAACCUUUGCCAGAUGACCCCGCAGCUGCUUAACCUUCCACAGCUCGAGUUUCUCAAGUCGUUCAUCGAAAGUCUGGGCGGUAAGGUGCCGGAAGGUCAGCCCGACCUGGCCGGCAUGAUGGGCGGACAGAAGGCACCGAGCAGCGGCGGUGGUGCUGCUCCCGGCAAACCGGCUUCCUCCGAACCGGAACCAAAGCCCAGCACAGCGGCCGCACCCGAAUCGGACCCGGAGUCGGAUCUCGAGCUAGACAACGAGGGCUGCGUCGAGCCGGACACGGAACCCGACCAGCCAAUGGGCGUCGCGGACAAGGAACCGACGGAGGAGGAGUUCGACCAGGCGAACGAUCUGCGUGCACAGGCGGCCGCCGCGUACAGUGAGCAAAAGUACGACGAAGCGGUCAAGCUGUUCACCGAAGCGAUACAACUCAAUCCGAAGAGUGCCCUGUACUAUGCGAAGCGCGGCCAGGCCUACCUGAAGCUGCAGAAACCGAACGCGUGCAUCCGGGACUGCAACCGGGCGCUGGAAAUUAACCCCGACUCGGCCACGGCGUACAAGUUCCGGGGGCGCGCAAACCGUCUGCUGGGCCGGUGGGAGGAGGCGGCCAAAGACCUGCGACAGGCCUGCAAGCUCGACUUCGACGAGGAGGCGGACGAGUGGCUGAAGGAGGUCACGCCGAACGCGAAGAAAAUUGAACAGCACAAGCAGAAGCAGGAGCGCCGGCGGCAGGAGCGCGAGUUCCGCGAGCGCCAGGAGCGCGUCCGCAUGGCGCAGGAAGCGAACCGGAAGGCGGCGGAAGAGGGGGCCGGUGCGGACGGUGCACCGAAUGCCGGUGGAAUGCCGUUCGGCGGCGGUGGUGGGUUCGGUACGGAGGAGCUGCUGAACGCGUUCCGCGAUCCGGAAAUGUCGGCGGCCAUGUCGGACAUCUUCUCGAACCCGGCCAACAUUUCCAAGUACCAGAACAACCCGAAAAUCAUGUCGGUGCUGAUGAAGCUGUACUCGCAAGGGCAGGGCGGCGGGUUCCCGGGCUUCCCUGGGUUCCCGGGCGGUGCCGGUGGGUUCCCGGGCGGUGCUGGUGGGUUCCCGGGCGGUGCUGGUGGGUUCCCGAACUUUGGCGGCUCGGAUGGUGGUGCGGGAGCUGGGCCCGGGGCAGGUGCCGGUGCUGGUGCGGGAGCUGGUGCUGGUGCUGGCAGUGGCGGUGCACGCGUGGAUGAUUUAGAUUAGAAACGUUUAGUGGUUUGAGUGAGAGUGUUUUCUUUUUAUAUGAACUAUCGAAGGCCAGUUGCAUUUCGUUCUUUUGAGUGUUCGUUUUUGUUUAAAGCCAUGCCAGUUCAACUACGAGAUUCUUCCUCAAAUACAACACUCCGCAGCAAACUGAACAAAGGGAAGCGAAACUACUUCUGCUGUGAGGGAUUUUAGUAGUUCAGCAACUUGUAAUAACACCAGCAUUUCCAGAGCAUUAAUCGUUAAACGUUAAAUAUACAAGCAAUUUAAACACCAGCCAAGCGGAGAACGCAUAAUAAUCUCGCGAUGUAGGUUGCAGUUCAGUAAAAUGCAAGGUUAUAGAGUAAUAGGGAAGAACACUGUAUCCAACAACACACACCAACACACACAUUACCGGCAAAGCUGUCUUCUGAAGGAUGUUUCCAAAUGGAAGAACUACAAGAUGAUUAAAUAAACCUUAUCAGAAUAGCUUAAAAAUCGCCUAA